UGGCGCAUGUGAGAUGACGGCACGUGAGAUGCUGCGUUGUGUCAUCUCUGCGCUCUGUCCUCUCGUCCUUUCCUCCUUAUCGUCGCGCUUGUUGCCAGUGUGUUGGGCAGAAUCAGUUAAACGCUAAAACGCAAAAAUGAAAGACCACGACGGAACACCUCAUCAAAGAAAGCCAACGAAACUCAGGAAUCUCGCGGACAAGACGGAGGCGUUUGAUUCCUUGCACGUGAGAAAUGCCGAGAAAAUCCUUUGCACGGGCCAAGUCUGUCUUGGUAGCGUGAUGCAGCUGCCAACUCAUGGAACAGAUCCACGCACGAAAGAAGAAAUCUUGCUUCACGCAACUGAUUUUUUGGAGCAAUAUUUCACUUCCAUCAGAAGAUUAAAUAGCGAUGCUCAUCGCGCACGUUUGGAGAGUGUGCAGAGAGAAGUGAUUUCCACUGGUACGUAUCAGUUGACGGAAACGGAACUGGUUUUUGGCGCAAAGUUGGCUUGGCGGAAUGCUGCAAGAUGCAUUGGUCGCAUACAGUGGUCAAAGCUACAGGUUUUUGAUUGCCGUUACGUUACAACCACAAGCGGCAUGUUCGAGGCUUUGUGCAAUCAUAUCAAGUACAGUACAAAUAAAGGAAACAUCAGAUCCGCAAUAACAAUAUUUCCGCAGCGCACCGAUGGCAAACAUGAUUACAGAGUAUGGAACACGCAAUUGAUCAAUUAUGCGGGAUACAAAAAUCCAGAUGGUACCAUUCACGGUGAUCCUGCGAACGUAGAAUUCACAGAGGUUUGCAUGAAAUUAGGAUGGAAAGGGGCACGAACCAGAUUUGACAUACUGCCAUUGGUUUUAUCUGCCAAUGGGCACGAUCCAGAUUAUUUUGACAUUCCUAACGACUUGGUAUUCGAGGUACCUCUUAGUCAUCCCACAUACGAUUGGUUUGAGGAAUUGGGUCUCAAGUGGUUCGCCGUGCCAGCCGUGUCUGGAAUGGUUUUCGAUUGCGGAGGUUUAGUGUUUACCGCGGCACCUUUCAACGGCUGGUACAUGAGCACCGAGAUUGGCUCUAGAGAUUUAUGCGAUGCUCAAAGAUAUAAUAUGCUCGAGACAAUAGCGACGAACAUGGGUCUAGACACAAGGACAUCCACAUCAUUGUGGAAGGAUAAAGCGAUGAUAGAAGCUAACGUCGCGGUACUGCACAGCUUUCAAAUGAAGAACGUGACGAUCGUGGAUCACCAUACCGCUUCGGAAUCUUUCAUGAAACAUUACGAAAACGAGAUGCGUCUCCGAAACGGUUGUCCCGCCGACUGGUUGUGGAUCGUGCCGCCGAUAUCUGGAUCCGCUACGCCGGUAUUUCAUCAGGAAAUGGCGCUUUAUCAUUUGAAGCCCUCUUACGAUGCCCAGGACCCAGCUUGGAAAACUCACAUAUGGAAGAAAGGACGCGACAAGAAGGCAACGUCGAAAAAACCAAGACGGAAGUUUCACUUCAAGCAGAUUGCGAGAGCCGUGAAAUUUACGUCCAAGCUGUUCGGACGGGCAUUAUCGCGUCGAAUAAAAGCGACCGUUCUGUUUGCCACGGAAACCGGCACGUCCCAAAUGUAUGCGGAAAAGUUGGGAGAAUUACUGGGCCACGCUUUUCAUUCCCAGGUACUUUCGAUGGAAGAAUAUGACAUCAGUAACAUAGAACACGAGGCCCUAUUGCUGGUGAUAACGUCCACUUUUGGAAACGGCGACCCGCCGGAAAAUGGAGAGGUCUUUGCGCAAAAUUUGUACGCGAUGAUAAUGAACGACGCUUCUCUAAAAAACAGCGAGAAUAAGUUCAGCUUGGCGACCUCCAAGUCAUUUAUCAAAGCCAACAGCCAAACGGAAGUGAGCGGGUCGAAGAAAUUGGAUCGACUUGAUUCCUUGCGUGGUUCUACGACGGACUCGCAAACCGAGGAUACCUUUGGACCACUCAGCAAUGUCCGAUUCGCUGUGUUUGCAUUGGGAUCAUCCGCGUAUCCGAACUUUUGUGCGUUCGGUCGCUACGUCGACAACUUGUUGGGCGAAUUGGGGGGAGAGCGAUUGGCGCGUUUGGCCCAGGGUGACGAGAUGUGUGGUCAGGAGCAGACCUUUCGGAAAUGGGCGGGUGAUAUCUUUGCGAUCGCGUGCGAAACCUUUUGCUUGGACGACGACGAUACGUUAUUGGAAGUAGCCUUGUCUCUGGGUUCCGAAGCAUUGUCCGCGGCCACAGUCCGUUUUGUAGAAGCGGCGCCUCAACCGAUCGCCAAAGCAUUAAACAAAUGCCAUAACAGAAACGUGACAAUGUGCACGAUGCUUCGAAGGACCAACUUGAGCCGCGAUGAGUCCAGCGGUACGACAUUGCUUCUGGAACUGGACGACAUAGUGGGCAUGGAUAUUUCUUAUAAACCCGGAGAUCACUUGGGUGUGUUUGCGUGCAAUCGUGCGAAUCUCGUGGAGAAAAUCUUGCACCGUGUGCAGUCUACUUUCGAUCCUGAUACCUCCAUCGAACUGCAAAUGCAGAAACAAGCACAUACUCCUAAUGGAAUUGUAAAAACGUGGAUACCUCACGACAGAUAUUUACCGAAUUCCUUCAGGAUGUUGUUGACUCGAUUUCUGGAUAUCACGACGCCGCCUACGCCGAAUCUGUUGAGAUACUUUGCCUCGAUAGCUACAAACGCAAAAGAACGGACGCAGCUUGAUCUUCUGGCCUCUGAUCCAGCGGCUUACGAGGAUUGGAGACAUUGGAAGUAUCCUAAUUUGGCCGAAGUUUUGGAUGAAUUUCCAUCUGUGACUCCAUUUGCUCCAUUGCUUCUGCUUCAUCUAACUCCCUUACAACCGAGAUUCUACAGCAUUUCAUCAGCUCCACAUGUACACCAGGGACAAAUACACCUGACAGUCGCAGUGGUGCAAUAUCAAGCGCAAAACGGCUCUGGGCCAGUACAUUUCGGCGUUUGCUCCAAUUAUCUGCGGGAAAUAUCUGAGGGAGAGUUGCUGUAUGUGUUUGUGCGAAGCGCACCAAACUUUUACAUGCCGACGGAAACUGAAGCACCAAUGAUAUUAGUGGGACCAGGCACUGGAAUUGCCCCUUUCCGAGGUUUCUGGCAUCAUCGAUUUGCUCAGAUGAAACUUGAGCAGAAUCAAAAAUUCGGCAAGAUUUGGCUCUUCUUUGGUUGUCGUCAGAGAACGUUGGAUCUAUACAGACAAGAGAAGAAAGAAAUGUUGGAGGCCGGUGUUUUGGAUAAAGUGUUUUUAGCAUUGUCCCGAGAGCCCGGUAUUAAGAAGACCUAUGUGCAAGAUUUGAUCCAAGCGGAAGCGCCUCAAAUUUACACAAUGGUGGUAUAUGAGCGCGGCCAUUUCUACGUUUGCGGUGACUGCACGAUGGCGGAAGACGUUUAUCAGACCUUAAAACAGAUCAUACAAACGCAUAGCCGAAUGACGGACAAAGAAGUCGAGGCAUAUAUGUUAUCACUGAGGGAUGAAAAUCGUUACCACGAAGACAUAUUCGGUAUAACAUUACGCACCGCUGAGGUACACAAUCGAUCGCGUGAGACCGCAAGGAUUCGGAUGGCCGCCGAACCGUGAAAAUAUUAAACUGAUAAAGC